AUAGACGUAAUAAAAGUUUAUACUUCUUUAUCAUCUGGUAGUAGUCUCAACUUUUAACUCAAUUUUUUUGGUAUGCGUUGUGUGCUCUCGUGAUAAAAUAGUGAAUGCUUGAUCUUGUUAAAGGGAAAUAAUGAUGAGUGAUGAAAUUUAGCCUAUCAAGUGGUCGCCUGAUCGGAUAAGAAUUUAAAUUCACAAAACAACAUAUAAACACAAUGCUAUCUUUAUUAGAUUAGGAGAAGGUUUGUGUGUGUUUUUAUUAUCCGAGUAGGAGUAGGUGUAGGAGGGAGGGGGCUUGCUUUGUUAAGUUCCUUGUUCAUAAUCUAGAAGAGGAAGGCUGGUUCGAUUCUUUUUAGGUGUCUGUAACUUUCCUUUUUCUUUUGGUUUGCUUAUGUUGUCUAUGUCUCCCGUCGAUACAAAUCCAAUAUUUUCCCUCUGAUUUCCAGAAUCUUCUCCUGCUCUCUUUUCCUUCCAUAAAAAUUCAACCAAAUUAAAUUCCUACCGCCCUAGCUCUUGUGAAUUAUUAGUUCCUUUGAUUUUCCCCUAAUUUGUUUCGAGGGCUUUGCCUUCUUCUAAUUGUGCGGCGAUCGAGCGAAUUGGAUGGGGGCAGAGGAUGGUUGGAACUCGUGGGCGGAGCUUAUCCUGGCAGCCGCCGUUCUGAGGCACGGCCAACACCGCUGGGACGUUGUUGCUUCGGAGCUCCGAACCCGUUCCCGCGACCCCACGCUAUUCACCCCCGAGUUGCAGGUUUGCAAAAGCAAGUACAAUGAGCUGCAAAAGCGUUAUUCUGGGUCCAGGGUCUGGUUUGAAGAGCUGAGAAAGCAAUGUGUGGCGGAGCUGAAGCAACAACUGGCAAGAUCUGAAGCUUCAAUAGGGUUUCUUGAAUCAAAAAUUAAAUAUCUGGAGUCAGAGAAACAAAAUCCCUAUCAGGCUGAUUGUGAUUGGAGCCAGACUGGAUCACCAAAUUUUGAUGGCACCGACCCUUCCAGCCAAAACACUUCCAAGGAUGAACAUUCUGCUGGAAGCUACACAGAGGACCCCAGGACAAGGACAGAUUUGCCCUGCAAACGCCACCAUCAAGAGAUGGAGAUAGGUACAAGCCCCAGCCUCUCAGUUUCUUACGAGGGUGAUAAAGACUUGGGUAUUCAGAAGCUGGCGGAAGCUGGUCAAGAACUAAUUGCUGGAAAGAGACGAGGUCGAAAGAGGAAAAAGGAUUGCAAACAAGCAGUUACAGAAGUGAGUGUUGGUGAGAGAGACAACUUAGGCUCGUCUAAUGCUGGCUCCACUUCACAAAAGGAAGCAACAGCCACACCUUACAAUCAGAAUAGGCACUCUGCUGUGAAGAGUCACAGUGUAAAUGAUGCUUACACCAUCAAAACAAACAAUUUGAUGGAGAUAUUUCGAUGCAUCGCACAUAGUGAAGCAGCUCAUGUCUUCAAACAUCGCAUGGACAGUCAGAAACAAGAAAGAUAUAGGAAGAUCAUCAGACACCAUGUAGACAUUGGCAUGAUAAGGUCAAGAAUAAUCAGUCACUCCAUAAAAUCAGCUAAAGAACUCUUUAGGGACUUGCUUUUGCUGGCAAGUAAUGCUUUGGUGUUCUAUUCGAGAAACACGCUCGAAUACAGAUCAGCACUGUCUCUGAGAAACCUGGUCAUGAAGGAGUACAAGCAGCACUGCAGGGAAUCUUGCCAUGAAGGAGUACAAGCAGCUAUUCCGGCCUUUCUUCUGUUUAAUCCACCUGUGAGGCCGCGGAGUGCUCGCCCCCGGCCUUGUAAAGACAGGCUGCCGGGUAAAUGGUACAAUGUUAAGAAUAUUCUUCCGGCCAAUGAUUCUAGUGCUUCGGAGGAAUUGUGUAAUUCCAAUUACGAUGUUUCAAUGAAUGCCAUGUUUAAGGCUAAGAAAGUUAAGCUUGAAUCUGCUGAUACACAACCUAAAAGUGGUGCUGUAAAACGAGGAAGAGUUUCAAAGCGAUCUUGUUUAUGAAUCUUGUUUGAAAAAAAGAGAUCUUGGGCCAAACUUUCCCGGGGUGGGAAAGAGCUGGUUUUGAUUUUUUGUUUAAGAUCGUCUCAUAGGUCAAGAUCGGUGAGAUGGUAAAUAUGUACCGAUCCAAAUCCAUGUUCAGUGACAUAUAUGUAAAUUUGUUGUUGUCUGGUUGUGAUUGGAUUAACAUAUAAUUGCCCUUUUAUAGAUCCUAACCUAUGAUACGAGACUGCGCUGUACAAAACAUGAUCGAAAAUUGUUGAGAGUAUUGGAAGAAUAACUUUAGUAUAAAUGUGAAAUAAUCUGGAAAAGUUAUAGAGGA